AGCCCAGAAUGCCAUGCGACUGCAGAAACUCGGAGUGACGCACAUCCUCAACGUGGCGGAGGGCACCUCCUUCAUGCACGUCAACACCAGUGCGGAGUUUUACGCCGGCACCGGCAUCACGUACCACGGCAUCAAGGCCAAUGACACGGAGCAGUUCCACCUCAGUGCCUUCUUCGAGGAGGGGGCUGAUUUUAUCGACAAGGCCCUAGCGCACAAUAACGGAAAAGGGAAGGUGUACGUACACUGCAGAGAAGGCUACAGCCGCUCUCCCACCAUGGUCGUCGCUUACCUCAUGCUCCGCCACAAGAUGGACGCCCGGCUGGCGGUGGCCACCGUGAGGCAUAAGAGAGAGAUCGGUCCCAACGACGGCUUCCUUCGCCAACUGUGCCAACUGAACGAGAAGCUGGCGAAGGAGGGCAAGCUGAACGGCGAGGUGGGAAAACUAAAGACCAAAUGAUAUUAAGAAACCCUCCGCCCCCCCGUCUCCUCCCAUCAUGCCUUUCACAGGCUUCAGCUGCUCUCGGAGACUGACCCCACCCAGACUAAACCAGCACUCAUAUGACGCCAGGGGUAUUAUUCUGAAUCACAGACAUACAUUCAUCGAUCUGUGUAGAUAAUUAUUCCUCAUUCACACACACACAUGCACACGCCGUUUCUUUUCUGAAUCUUUAGUCCACGUCUCCCUGCUGCUCAGCAGGGGGCAUCUGUCCGUCCUCUGCCUUCUCCGACAAAGAGUGUGAUCUCAAAUACUUCAAACGAACCCCUCAACCCCCCCUUUGUUACCUCUUCACCGAACAGAUGCGCAGACGUCUCACCGCUCGCACCUGAAAGCUCUAAAUUUAUAUCUUUUUUGAGCUGAGCCACUUUAAGCAUUCCUCAAGAUCCCACAAGUUCAGACGGUGAAAACUUUACCCUGAUUUAUAAAAAAAAACUUGUAAAUACAAGAUUAUAGCACAAUCAUUCCAUAGUUUUCCACUGCCGGGAAUGUCAGCGAUGUCUCCGCCAGCAGGAGUUCUCUAUAGGUUCCAAAUAAACUCCUAGAUAUCGAAAGUCAUUGACGCCGAAUGUUGCAGACGAAAUGAGUCGGAUAUGUAAAUAUAUGCGAAUGGAUGGAGGAUAAGUCCAAACAUUCCAGGAAAACUAAAAGAAAAGCCCCUUAGAGUUAAGUUUGCCCACACAAUCUUUAAAAUCGUCCUUCCGCGAGGACAGAUGUUUAAUGCACAAACACAGAAACUCACACUCUGUUCCAUCGUAGCUUUGUGUAGAAUUUUACUUAUUUCAUUUUCUGGCCUCUAGUUUGACGGCAGCUGAGUCAGUGAACAUCAGAAUUAAAAGCGUAUUUGGCCGCUGACACGAUGAGACACAAGCCUUUCACUGACGUAUCUGAGUUUUUGGUUUCUGAUAUGAAAACUUAUUUCACAAAACAGACAUUUUAUACCAAAAAGUUCUA